AUGAGUUCUAUUUCUCUUGCAGCUUACUUCACCCGUGGCGAAUACAACAUUAUCAUCGUCGACUACUCAACGCUUGUCGUGGAGCCAUGCCUCAGCCAAGUGGAGUGGGCCCCAAGAUUCUGUGCAGAAUGCAUCGCUCAGCUUGUCAACUACCUAGCUAAGCAUCCGAAGGGGACUAUCCCUGAUAAAUUACACCUCCUUGGUUACAGCGUUGGGGCACAUAUUGCAGGUCUCGUAGCCAAUUAUGUACCGAAGGGCAAGCUCGGCCGCAUCACUGGUCUUGAUCCAACAAUUGUAUUCUACAUGGGCCAAAACCGCUCAAGAGACUUGGAUCCAUCAGAUGCACACUUUGUAGAUGUAAUUCACACUGGAGCCGGAAUUCUAGGACAAUGGGGUCCUAAUGGUCACGUGGACUACUAUGUAAAUGGUGGUACUACACAACCUGGUUGUAUUCAAGAUUCAAUCAUCAAAACUCUAUCAUGUGACCACACGAAGGUAACACCCUACUACAUUGAGUCAAUUAAUUCCAAAACUGGAUUCUGGGCAUCACCAUGUUCCAGCCAAGUAUUGUAUUUCUUGAACUGGUGUCCAGCACAAGAUGAAGAUUAUAUUUUAAUGGGAGAAGAUGCUCCACAUAGUGCACGUGGACUAUAUUAUCUCACAACAAAUGCUCGAAAACCUUACGCAAAAGGUUUUCCAGGCCGUAAAAAACCUAAUCAGGUUCGAAGUACAUGACAACAAUCAGAAGAAUAUUUGCUUGAAUUUCAUGUCAAUAACAUGAUGAUAAAGUGAAGUGAUUUGUGUUCAUGCUAAAAGUGAGUGAUAAACCUGCAAGUUUGAGAAAUAUGUAUUGCUUCUAAAUACUCAAGAAUAUGAACACGUAAUAUGAAUUCUGUGAUUAUAGACGAUGCAAUCAGCAUCUGCAGUUCAAAGAGCAUUUAAGGAAACUUUUACCUUCUGAUGUACAUAUGUAAAAAUAGUUGAUGGAUAGAGAAUGAAGAAGGUUCCUUAAAACAAACAUGCACUGUGUACUAUACCACCAAUUUAAAAUUUUAUUUAUAAACAGGGAAGACCAAUGCAUGUUCAUGACUUUGAUUUUUAUGACCUAAGGGGCAAUAAUACUAUAAAGUACAACUUGCUGGAAAGUGUUUGUGAUCCAAAUGUUGCAAGAAUUUUUUAUAAAUAAUUUCUAAAUGAACAAUACUCAAAUUAUAAAAUAGAAAGUGCAUCAUCACUGUUUCUUAAUUGUUCAAUAAAGCUUAUGUCUGUGAUAUACUUUAUUCAAACCUCUAGCUUUUGUUUUGCAUCAGUACAAGAAUCAAGAACACAUGCUAAUGCCUAUCCCUGUUUCCUCAAAUAUUAACAAAGCAACUUCACAGCAUUUCCCAUUCUGGAAUCUAUUAAUGAAUCAAACAAGUUGCUAGUUGAUGCUAAAGGAAACACUCAAUCGAACGUUUUCUCAGCAUUGAAAUCAAUGUACUGUUAGCUUAUUUCCAAACUUUCACUAAUGUAUGAACCCAAAUAUUGAGCAUGUAACAUUAGUAUUCUGAUCAUUUUUAUUAACUUAAUUUAUAUUGAAAAGAGUUUACAAGUUCCUUUCUAAUGUUUCUAGCACACUAGUGGCCAGCACAAGAGUAUUGAAAUAUUAUAAAUAUAACCAAGCGUAUCACACAGAGAGUUCAUUGUCAACACACACCAAUGACAAAUUCUGAAAAUCCUAUUUGGCCUAUAAGCUAUCAAUAAAAACCCUGUUUUGACUUGUUCUUUAAAAUAAAUAAUAAAUCAAUCAAUUUUACUGCACAAUUGCAGAAUUUGAUUUCCAAAUUAUUACACAUAUAGUAAUAUAUUAAGAUUAAAUUUGCUUUUUUUAUGAGCAUUCUGAUGAUGAAUAAGUACAAAUCAUUACCUGGCUCUGAAAUAGUUUAAGCUUUCAAUACGAGUUCUUGCUAAUAUUUAAUUUAGUCAUUGUUACAAAUGUUGACAGAACCUCACAGAAGUUCACAAUAAAUGAGUUUUUAUCUUUAAUUUAGUCAUGUUUUCCACAAUUGAACAGAAAAAAGUUUCAAAAUCUUUUUUUAAUUAUCAAAGGCAUUUAGUACACCGUGAGACCAGAUAUUUUAGUACUUGAUCAUCGAUUAUAUGCUAUUAGCAGUGUUAAAAUAUGACAUUUUUCAAAAUAAUACAUAGUAGCAAGAGCACAUAUAUGAAAAUAAGUGACAUUGCCUGUAUUCAUGGUUUCAUCAUUUCAUAGACAACACACACACAGUAGCAUACAGGAAGACUUAGUGCCUGAAAGUCAUUGUGACAAUAUGUAUAUGUAUAUAUAUAUUUUACAUGAAUAGGUUAAUGCAACUAUUUCAUAGCAAUAGUGAAAUAAAGCUUGAAGGCCAAGAAGAAUACACUGAAUAUACUUAUACAACGGAAAAUUGUUCUAAUCUAUUAUCAGAAAUGUUUCAACAAUUAUAAGUUACACUAUGAUGAAGUGAGGGGUGAAAAAUUGCUGCUCACAAGGGUUCUAUCACAAAUAUAAAGAGAGUUUGAAACAUCUUACUAUGGACUUUCCAACAUGACAUGUUAUUCCCACAUGAAUACAUUACUCUCUUCAACAUUCAUUGAUAUGCCUAAUUCAUAUAGUUUGCACAAUUCGCCAUUAAUCAUUGUAUACAGGUACCAACACAGUACAAUUUUCUUUAAACUUUGAAGCUUUAACACAUAUUACAGAUUACAAACUUACAGAAAGUUUUUUAUUUUUUGGAGAACAUUCAACAUAUGUAGUACUGUAGCCAAGUUCUUUUUUUAUCAACAGUGACAUUUUCAUGAAGAUUGAAACUGUUAAUACAUAUAAGUAUCCUAGAUAUAGCAACAGCACAACAAACAGAAACAGUAAAUAACAUGUAACAAUACAAUAAUGUUCAUGCACUAUAAUGGAUACACAAAUAGUUCAAAUCACUGUUUCAUUCUGAAAUGUCACAUAUACUUUUCACAAAAUAUCAUUUCAAUGAAUAAAUUUUCAUGCAAACAAUUGUGUGGAAAGGAGUUCAUGUUUUCAUGUUCCUAUGUAUGAUUUUUUAAAGAUCUUUAAAACUAUCAAAAAGGAAUGGCUUUUAUAAAACCAUUUGCACUAGCAUGAAAAAAAUCAAAGUAGGAUAUAAAAUUGAGUGUUUGAAGUGUUAUAAUACUGUAUUUUCUCUUCUCACCAAACACUUUAGUGUCUAAAAUAUAAUCAAAACUCUGAUUAUGUGUAAUUCCUUCUUUCAUUCAGCUCUUCAUGACUAUUGAACAUUAUGUGAUGUGUUCAAUAAUGCCUGGAAUAACAGUAGCAUAGCAAAGAAGGUUCAAAUAUCUAAACCACCCCUCUUGAUAUGAAACACUACAUAUAUUUUCAAAUCUUUAAUGUAGGCCGAUAUUCUUCCAGUAUUACAAUUACAUCCUUCACUGAUAUUUCUUCCUUCCUUCCUUCCUUUAUCUAUAAAAAUUGUUAAAGAGGAAACAAACUGUAAGGGAACUAAAGGAGAAAAGAAAAAUUUAAAAUGAGAAAAAUCAAGAAGUAAUAGUAUCCAAAGGGAGGUAGACCUGAAGGAAUGGAAAAGAAAAGGAAAAAUAGAAGUGAAAAAUACUUGAAUGCAAUAAAACUGAAAUGAAAGAAAGAAUAAAGGAAAACAAGAAAUAGAAGAAAGUAAAUCAGUGAAUUAUUCCGCAAUACAAUUAUUAUUUUCAAAUUUUAUUGGCAAGGAAAUUGUUUCUUGUUCAAUUAUUGGUUAAAAAUUGGUAUCAUAGUUCCUGCAACUACUUAGUAUUCCAGUAUGAGAAAUGCAAUUUUGAUUGAUUUACGCAAAAAAUACUCUUUAUACAUGAUUGGAAAAUGAAAUUUGCAUGAAAAACAUGUUAUUUAUAAAAUAGUUUUCAUAUUUGCCUAUUUCACUCCAAAUGAGAAUAGCAAUACAAAGUGUUAUAUUCUCAAUAAUUAAAAAUACUUAUCUGCUCUGAUAUUCACUUCCCUUAGAUUGUAACAAAAUGUGCAGGUAUCAUCCUGAGUGCCAUAUAUACAUUCAAAUAUUCUAUGUGCUGAAUUUUCACAGCCCACACCCUAGAUAAUCAUGUUAUGUGCAAAUAAUAAUCAUAAUAGUACUUCCUUUCUGAAUUAUUAAAAUGAUAUAAUCUGAAUUUAAAUGAUCUGCAGUUUUAAUGAAAUGUAGAUAUGAGGCAGAAAAAUACCUAUUUAGAUACUUAAUGAUCAUAUAACACUAUGAUUCUUAUUUCAUCAAGGUUAACAAUGUUUCUUCAAAGCUCAUAAAUGUCUAAUAAUAUAAGGCAAGUACUCAGGACUAAAGAAGACACUUGAGAGAAAACCGCUGAAAAUGUGGAUACAGAAAAAAACCUUUCCAUCUUAUUCAAAAUAGUAAUUAAUAUUUAUCCUUCCAGCUUAGAAGCCUGAAAAAUGAUGAAAUUGUAAGUCCAGCAAGAAAAUUCUUAAGUAAAGAUGUAUUUUUUCCUUUUUACCAAAAUACACUCACUGAUUUAGAUUUUAUAAAUGAGGCUUCCUCCAUGAUCUCUUUAGUCGCCAAAUUUUUAUGGCCAAUCUAUGCCAUCAGCUAAGGAAGGAUUUCUUUUUAUUUUCCUAUUUUCCAACAAUUUUGCUAUUAAACAAUCUCCAUUCACAGUUUAUAAUGACUUUAUAUUUUAGACAUUAAUUUAGAAACUAUCAAAUUUGUGAUGUUCACCUUGAUGAAAAGAGUAUGUAAUUUUCCUGAUUUAGUGAUUGUAUUUGAAAAUAAUUUUACUACAACAAUCUAUUAAGUAAUAUAUCUUCCAAACAAGUAAUAUUCCUAAGCAAUGAUCAAAUAUAUUUGUCAUAUUAUUCUUUAUAUUUUAGACAUAAUAAAAUCUUGUAGCAUAUAUAUUCUUACACAUUAAAAGGAACUUACAACAAUCAUACCAUAUUCUGAGGUAAAAUAUUCAAUGUGUCUGUGUGUGAGGAAAGUGCAGUGAACAUUGACUUAAUCAAAGCAUUAAAUUUUUCAAGAUACACAUUCUUCAAAUGCAUUUUCCAAAAGUAACGUUUUUGAAUGACUUCUUGAAAGACCUAAAUAAAUUUCAUGGGGCAAUGACCAUUGAUAAUUUCUUCUCAAUAUGCUAUCUUCUUAUUUGUGAUACCAUUUACAAAUAUUACAUCAAUGCGGCAAUAUAUUAAACAUUUCAUUUUUUAACAAAGUAAAUAUUCAAGCACAGCACAGAAAACAACUAUUUCUAUAUAUUAUUAGAAAGCGCAACUUCUCAUAACAAGAGACAUUUGAAAACAAAUUCAACCAUGCCUCACACCAGAAUAAACACUGAAGACCAUAUUUGUUACAUAGAUAUUUGAACAUCAAAAACUAAAUGUAGGUUACAAUUCUUCAACAAUUCAUUCAUUACAGCAUUUCAUGACCAACACAAGAUGUAAAUGUAAUUUUGAAAACUUUUUUAAUGUAUGUAAUGAGUACCCUUUUCUGUUGUUAGUCAAAGAAAACUUUUAUAAUUGUUCUGAUUCAUAAUUGAACUUUUAAAGAGACAAUCAAAAUGCAGUUGUCAAACUAUUUAUCAUUUCAAUCAUGCAAAAGAUGCAAGAGAAAAUAUAGAUUUAUAGUUUUUAUGCAGCAAAAUAACAUUGUUGAGAAAAUACUGUCCAGAAUUUUUGAUAUAUAUCAUAUCAUGUAUGCAGCACUCUUUAAUAGUACUAUUAUAUUAAUAAUGAGUUAUAUCUAUUAUAGUCCACUGAUCUCUAUGAUUAAUUGACAUGUCUAACACUCUCCUUAUAUCAGUAGAUCAUGAAAUAAUAAUAGAUAAAGAUAAAAAGACAAGAGAGAAUGACAUUUUCAAGAACACAGUAGUAUAAAACCCAGAUUUUAGUGCUCUAAUUUACUCAGCAAAUUAAAACAUACAGAUAAUCUCAUCACAUGGCAAGAACUAUUAGGAACAAAAUAAGUAAAAUAUGGCAUACAAGUAGAGUAGUGAUAACUAUCACAAGUUAGAGAAAUAUGUAAGUAUGGUAUGUUUUUUGAAUUGCUUUAGGUUGAUUGCUCAUUUGGCAGAUUAUCAUGUGUAAUACAUAGCAUUUGUUUCUGAAUACUUUGACUAAACAAUAUUCAUUCUCUCAACAUUCAAAUGAAAUUACACAAAUUAGUUGCGGUUUUAAGUGAACUGAAUAGGGAUGAUUCUCCGUUUCGUGAUGGCAAAAAAUAGAAUUUUACUUAAAUCUUAUGUUUUCCAUCUGUAGUGAGAUUUUCUAAUUGUCACUAGUUUGUACUUGCACCGUGACAGUAUGAAUGAUUGUUCAUAGUCAACUGAUAUGAUAGGGUUACUGAAGUAAAUUCCCUAGUUCAGUAUUUGUGCCCAAUGAAUUAUAUAAUACACACAACUGUUACUUAUUAGUGUGUUAUAAGUAUUACUUAUUAUUAUUCGCACUAUGCAAUAUUCACAUUGCAUUUGAGAUGAAUACUCAGUAUUUAUUUUUUCAUCAUGUAAAAUCACUCAGUCGUUCACUCAUUCCUUUUUAACAUCUCUGAAAUCAAGUUAAAGAAAGUGUAUAAAUUCAUAAUUUUCAAUUUUUCAUUCUUACAUUAUAUUAGUCACCAAGGCAUUCAAAGCUUGAUUAUACUGUAGCAAUAGCUUGAACAUAUACACAUGCACACUUUUCAACACAAUUUCAUUUCAAUGUCUGAGAACUUGCAAAUAUUCUUUCAAGCAUAAUUUAUAUUACAACUUUAGGUUUCAGGUUUUCAGUAGCCCAAAGUUUAAGGGGUAACAAUACUAUGUAGUAUUGUACAUAGUAUUGGAAAAGAACUUCUAAGAUUCUGGAAAAUAUUAAACGUUUAAGGAAUCUAACUCUGACAAAUUCCCUAUAGUUGUACAGUACAAUAAAUAUUUACAAAUGGACGUACUACAUUUGACUCAACUAUGCUUACAGUGGUUGAGCUAGAGCAGUUAUAAGCCUUUAGUAAUGAGGGAACAUCAGUAAAUUUUUCUUCAAUAAAUAAACGAAAAGAGCAUUUACUCAUUCCUAAUUCCUGUAUAAUAACAUGCCUAUUGCAUAGGUCAACAUUCACAAAUGUACCACUGCAAUUAAAUAACUGGCUAUUGUUUUCAAUUAAUUAAAAUAUUGUGCAGAUGGCCUAACACGUUUAUUACCCUAUCUCUUUUACAGUAUUUAAGAUGAAUGUUACAAAGUUGUUUAUGUCAAGAGAAAAGAGAGACAGACAGAGUAAAAAUCUCAUCGCCAUUGUAGACAUCUUUGGCUACCAAGAAUCAAAAGGAACACGUAUGGAGCAAAAAGAGGUGUCAGAUGCUCCUGUCCACUUGGAAUUACAGGUUGCACCACUUCCACUGAGGCCUCCUCCCGCUGAUAGUCGGCGUAUUGAGCCGGAGCCACCUGCAGCCCCAUGAAGGCAGGGAUGGUGGACACGCACGCCAGGUUCAUUUUGUUGUCCGCGCCGGCGUGCGUGAACUGUACGGGCAUGGUGAGAACGACCGUCGACGAACUCAAGUUUUCUCCUUCGCUCUGGUGCUGGUGAGGGAAGAACCGCAGGUAGUUCUCUGGCACC